CGUGGCGAGCACAGGGGCCGGCACCAGGGGGUUAUCGAAGCAGCUGUCACGAUGCUGGGGUCCCUUGUGUUGAGGAAAACAGCACUGGCGCGGCGGCUCCUCCUUCAACUGCUUAGGUCUCCAUCGUUCCGGAGCCACCGAAGUCCCUACGGCCAGAGUGUGACCACCGGGCGCUGCGAGGAGCCGCAGUGGCUGAGGCCGGCCAUCGGGGGGCGUCCUGGAACAUCGCUGGCCUUGGUCACCUGCAGAGGGGCAGCCACCGGGGGGCGCCAGGGAGGAUGUGUCGAGACCCAGUGCCUCGCAGCUACCACAUGGGGACGCAUUCUUAGCCCCGAAGAAACACUCUCCGGACAGGACUGCUGGAAUGAGCUCCCCAACAGAGUCGGACUGGGCAUGUGGGCCCUGGCGACGGCGCUGGUGGUUCACUGUUACAGCAAGAGCCCGUCCAGCAAGGAUGCAGCUCUGAUGGAAGCUGCUCGUGCCAACAAUGUCCAAGAAGUCAGCAGGCUGUUGGCCGAUGGUGCAGACGUCAAUGCAAGGCACAGGCUUGGCUGGACAGCACUUAUGGUGGCAGCCAUCAGCCGAAACUACAGUGUGGUACAGGUCCUGCUUGCUGCUGGUGCUGACCCAAACCUUGGGGAUGAUUUCAGCAGUGUUUACAAGACCGCCAAGGAGCAGGGAAUCCAUUCUUUGGAAGAUGGGGGACAGGACGGUGCAAGCUGGCGCAUCACAAACCAGUGGACAAGUGCCCUGGAAUUCAGGAAAUGGCUAGGAGUCCCCACUGGCGUCCUGGUCACCCGAGAAGAUGACUUCAACAACCGGCUGAACAACCGUGCCAGCUUCAAGGGCUGCACAGCCCUGCACUAUGCUGUCCUUGCCGAUGACUACCGCACCGUCAAGGAGCUGCUUGAUGGAGGAGCCAAUCCACUACAGAGGAAUGAAAUGGGACACACACCCUUGGAUUAUGCCCGAGAAGGGGAAGUAAUGAAGCUUCUAAGGACUUCUGAGGCCAAGUAUCAGGAGAAGCAGCGGAAGCGUGAAGCUGAGGAGCGGCGCCGAUUUCCACUGGAGCAGCGGCUGAAGGAGCACAUCAUUGGCCAGGAGAGUGCCAUCGCCACAGUGGGUGCAGCAAUCCGGAGGAAGGAGAAUGGCUGGUAUGACGAAGAACACCCUCUGGUCUUCCUCUUCCUAGGAUCAUCUGGAAUAGGAAAAACAGAGCUGGCCAAGCAGACAGCCAAAUAUAUGCACAAAGAUGCCAAAAAGGGCUUCAUCAGGCUGGACAUGUCUGAGUUCCAGGAGCGGCAUGAGGUGGCCAAGUUUAUCGGAUCCCCACCAGGCUACAUUGGCCAUGAAGAGGGCGGUCAGCUGACCAAGAAGCUGAAACAGUGCCCCAAUGCCGUGGUGCUCUUUGAUGAGGUGGACAAGGCCCAUCCAGAUGUGCUUACCAUCAUGCUACAGCUGUUUGAUGAGGGCCGGCUGACAGAUGGAAAAGGGAAAACCAUCGACUGCAAGGACGCCAUCUUUAUUAUGACCUCCAACGUGGCCAGCGACGAGAUUGCACAGCAUGCACUGCAGCUGAGGCAGGAAGCUUUGGAGAUGAGCCAUCACCGUAUCGCCGAGAACCUUGGAGAUGUCCAGAUUAGUGACAAGAUCACCAUAUCAAAGAAUUUCAAGGAGAAUGUGAUUCGCCCCAUCCUGAAAGCUCACUUCCGGAGGGAUGAAUUUUUGGGACGAAUCAAUGAGAUCGUCUACUUCCUCCCCUUCUGCCACUCGGAGCUCAUCCAGCUAGUCAACAAGGAACUGAACUUCUGGGCCAAGAGAGCCAAGCAACGGCAUAACAUCACAUUGCUCUGGGACCGCGAGGUGGCAGAUGUGUUGGUCGACGGCUACAAUGUGCACUAUGGUGCCCGCUCCAUCAAGCAUGAGGUAGAACGCCGUGUAGUGAACCAGCUGGCAGCCGCCUAUGAACAAGACCUGCUACCAGGCGGCUGCACCCUGCGUAUCACUGUGGAGGACUCAGACAAGCAACUGCUCAAGAGCCCUGAUCUUCCCUCAUCCCAGGCCGAGAAGCGGUCACCCAAGCUGCGGCUGGAGAUUAUUGAUAAGGACAGCAAGACCCACAAACUGGACAUCCGGGCACCACUACACCCUGAGAAGGUGUGUCAUACUCUCUAGCAUCCACCUACCUGCCUAGUGCCCUCAACAUCCAAUAAAGGCCCCUCGGCUGUGGCAUGGCACCUGACCUACCUUUCCCUCAUACCUUAUUCCUCUCCGCCAGCCUGAGGCCUCUUACCUCCUCACAGCCCCUGCAAGACCCUCAUCAGCCCCAAAGUCCAAAGCAGGAAUUUUGAGCUUUCCUCCCCACUUUGCUGUGGGGCCAAAACUUGCUAACGAGUGUCCAGGAGGGGAGCUCCCCCUAUACCCCCUUUAAGGCAGAGAGGAAAAGGAGGUCCCUUAUCUCUGUCCUCCAACAUGAUCCCCAUGCCCCAUAGUCUCUGGAACUUCAUCACAUUUCCUGGAAGCUCAGAAGUACGGCAGCGAAGAACAAAUCUGGCUGGAAGAAGGCAGGGGCCAGACUGUGACCUGCCACCCUCUGCUAGCCCUUGGAAUGUCCUCCGAGAAUGGAGGCAGAGUACAGAGGCCCUGCAGUUUGGGCUGGGCCUACUUCUUUCCCAUGCCCUAAAAUUCCAAGGGGAAGGGACCCAUGGAACCCUUCCCCCUUCCGCUGCCAUAUCAUAGCCACUGUUCCUUCUCACCUCGCAUUCUGGGAUCAGGCCGGACCAGGCUUCUCCCGCCUUGGGACUAGGCCAAUGCAGAGCACCUCUAGGAAGAAGGCUGAGUGGGUCACCACCAUGGCCUAUGUUGGGACUGGGCAAUAGUACCAAGUGACCAAGUAAGCUCAGCUCUCUGGGGCCUCCUUCAGGAGACUAAUGACAUAGACCCUAGGGAGCUCUAGAGGGAAAGAUAGAGAUCAUGGUGUCUGCCUCAGUCCUGUCUACACUGCUCUCUCAGCUGAGCUUACCUGAAAUAAACAGCUCCCCCAUGCACUCUCCAUGUUACUUACUAAGCAGAAGGUCUGCACACCAUCCUCUGUGGUCCAGCCCAGCUUAGCUAGGCAUAGAAAGAUCUGGUGCGUCCUUGGGCAUCAUCUGCAGUAGCCCCCAUUGAUGAUCACCCCAUCACCAUCCCCCUGUGAGGCUGUUUUGAAACCCUUCUUUGGUGUUAGCUCAUCUCUUUCAGGAAGCAAAAAAUGGGGCCAGGAAUCAGAGUUCCCUGGGUGAUGGGAGAAUGUCAUGUAACAGUAUGGUGGGUAUAAAGCGGUCAUAAGCCAGGACUUGGGCUCUAGCAGGCACCACGUCGCCCCUCAAGGAGCUGUGUCUGCUGCUCCCUACCUCAGUGACUGCUGUUUUUUGUGUUUUUUUCUUAAUGUAGACUUACAGAAAGUUCCAAAAAUGGUAGAGUUCCCAUAUACCCUCACCUAGCUUCUCUUAAUAGGAACAUCUUAUUAAAACCAUGGUAUAAUUAUUAAAAUCAGGAAAUUAAUAUUGGUACAGUUCUUCUAACUAAUCUGUGGACAUUCAAAUUUUGCCAGUUGUUCUGCUACUGCUGUUCUUGUUCUGGUUCAGGACCCAAGGCAGGUUCCUGAUCCCACCUUGCAUUUUGUCAUCAUGUUUCCUACAUCUCCUUCAGCCUGACAGUUCCUCCGUCUUUCUUUGCCUUUCAUGACUUGGACACUUGAAAUGUCCAGGCCAGUCAUUUUGAGGAAUGUCCCUCAACGUGGGUUUGCCUUCUGUUUUCACGUGAUUAGACUGAGAGUCUGCAUUUUGGGCAAGACGACCCCAGAAGUAAUGCUGUGCCCUUCUCAGUGCCUCCUGGCAGAUAGUUAACUUUGGUCACAUGGCUGAGGUGAUAGGUGCCAAGUUUCUCCACUAUAAAAUUACAAAUUUCUCCUUUGAAAUUAGUAAGAAUCUUGGAAGGAGAUACUUUGAAGCAGUACAAAUGUCUUAUUUACCCUUAGAAUUUUGCCCACUGAUUUUAGCACCCAUUAAUGGUUCUUGCUUACAGCAAGUAUUAGUGUUUUAUUUGCCUAAUGAUGAUUUUCUGUUUACUUAUUCCACCAAUAUUUAUUAAGUGGUAUUCUACUGUAAGGAAGAGCUCUCUUUUCCCCCAUAUAUUUAUUCAAUAAUUUAUUUAUCUGAGUAUAAACUAAUGGAUAUUUGUUUUCUUCUGUGGAUUAUAAUCUAAUAUUAAC